AGCGGGGCUCCGCGGUGUGCGGAUCCGUGCCGUGCCGUUGCGCUGUGCGGGCGCGCAGGGCAGCGGGGUUUUGCCUGGGCUGCUCCAGUACCUCCGGCUUGGAACUGCCCACCGGUGCCAGCUCCCGAACAUGAGCCUCCUGCCUCUCUACCUGCUCGGAUUGCUCCUCAGUAGCGGGCAAGCUCUACUUCAAGUUACAAUUUCACUUAGCAAAGUUGAGCUCAGUGUGGGUGAAUCCAAAUUCUUCACAUGCACAGCCAUUGGUGAACCUGACAGCAUAGACUGGUACAAUCCACAAGGAGAAAAGAUUGUUUCUAGUCAAAGAGUGGUUGUUCAGAAAGAAGGUGUUCGAUCACGUCUAACCAUUUAUAAUGCAAAUAUAGAAGAUGCUGGUAUAUAUCGGUGUCAAGCAACAGAUGCUAAAGGACAGACUCAAGAAGCUACCGUUGUUUUGGAAAUUUAUCAAAAGCUCACUUUCCGAGACAUAAUAUCUCCACAAGAGUUCAGGCAGGGAGAAGAUGCAGAAGUUGUUUGCCGUGUUACUAGUUCACCUGCUCCCAUUGUCAGCUGGUUGUAUCGGAAUGAGGAAGUCACAACUAUUGCUGACAAUCGAUUUGCAGUAUUAGCAAAUAAUAAUCUCCAAAUUCUUAACAUCAAUAAAAGUGAUGAAGGAGUAUACAGAUGUGAAGGGAGAGUUGAAGCCAGGGGAGAAAUUGACUUUCGGGACAUAAUUGUUAUUGUGAAUGUUCCUCCUGCAAUUGUUCUGCUACAGAAAUCCUUUAAUGCCACUGCAGAUCGAGGAGAGGCAAUAACUUUGUUCUGCAGAGCCACUGGAUCACCUCCACCUGAAGUCAGUUGGUAUAGGAAUGGCAAACUUAUUGAAGAAACUGAAAAAUACAUGCUGAGAGGAAGCAAUACAGAACUAACAAUAAGAGAUAUUAAAAAUAUUGAUGCAGGUUCUUAUAUCUGUAAUGCUAAAAACAAAGCAGGAAAUGAUAAAAAACAGACAUUCCUUCAAGUUUUUGUACAGCCUCAAAUAAUACAACUUAAAAAUGAAACCACAUUUGAGAAUGGGAAAGCCACCCUCAUCUGUGAAGCAGAAGGAGAACCUGUUCCAGAGAUUACUUGGAAAAGGGCCACUGAUGGAAUAACUUUCUCUGAAGGUGACAAGAGCCCAGAUGGCCGUAUAGAAGUCAAAGGGCAGCAUGGAAAAUCGUCACUGCAUAUUAAAGAUGUGAAGUUGUCAGAUUCAGGGAGAUAUGACUGUGAAGCUGCAAGUAGAAUUGGUGGGCACCAAAAGAGCAUGUACCUUGAUAUUGAAUAUGCUCCAACAUUUGUGUCAAAUCAGACUAUAUAUUAUUCUUGGGAAGGCAAUCCCAUCAAUAUAAGUUGUGAAGUGCUAGCAAAUCCACCUGCCUCAGUUCAGUGGAGAAGAGGAAAAUUGGUUUUACCGGUAAAAAAUACAACACAUCUGAAGACCUACAGUACAGGAAGAAAGCUGAUUUUAGAGAUUGCUCCCACAUCUGACAGUGAUUUUGGAAGGUAUAAUUGUACAGCCACAAACAGGAUAGGAACGAGAUAUCAGGAGUAUACACUUGGUCAAGCUGAUGUGCCAUCAAGUCCUUAUGGAGUACGAGUUUUAGAGUUGUCACAAACCACUGCUAAAGUUUCAUUCAAUAAGCCAGAUUCACAUGGAGGUGUUCCCAUUCAUCAUUACCAAGUGGAUGUAAAAGAGGUAGCCUCAGAAACCUGGAAAAUAGUUCGCUCCCAUGGAGUUCAAACAAUGGUUGUUCUCAGCAAUUUGGAACCAAAUACAACCUAUGAAAUCAAAGUAGCUGCUGUAAAUGGAAAAGGCCAAGGAGAGUAUAGCAAAAUCGAGAUCUUUCAGACUUUACCUGUCCGGGAGCCAAGCCCUCCUUCAAUUCAUGGACAACCAGGAAGUGGCAAGAGUUUUAAACUUAGCAUAACUAAACAAGAUGAUGGAGGUGCCCCCAUUUUGGAAUAUAUUGUCAAAUACAGAAGUAAAGAUAAGGAAGACCAGUGGCUAGAGAAAAAAGUGCAAGGUAGUAGAGACCACAUCAUCUUAGAGCAUCUUCAAUGGACUAUGGGUUACGAAGUACAAAUCACAGCUGCCAACAGACUGGGUUACUCUGAACCAACAUUGUAUGAAUUCAGCAUGCCACCAAAGCCCAACAUUAUUACAGACACUAUUUUUAAUGGUCUUGGACUUGGUGCUGUCAUUGGCCUGGGAGUGGCAGCCCUUUUGUUAAUCCUGGUUGUGACAGAUGUUAGCUGCUUCUUUUUACGACAAUGUGGACUGCUAAUGUGCAUCACCAGGAGGAUCUGUGGGAAAAAGAGUGGUUCAAGUGGAAAAAGUAAAGAACUGGAAGAAGGAAAGGCAGCUUACUUGAAAGAUGGAUCAAAAGAGCCAAUAGUGGAAAUGCGAACAGAGGAUGAAAGAAUUACCAAUCAUGAAGACGGGAGCCCAGUAAAUGAGCCAAAUGAGACAACUCCCCUCACAGAACCAGAGAAGUUGCCACUAAAGGAGGAAAAUGGGAAAGAAGCUUUAAAUCCAGAAACCAUAGAAAUCAAAGUUGCUAAUGACAUCAUCCAGUCAAAAGAAGAUGAUAGCAAAGCAUAAGAUAAGCUACAGCUGUCUGGAUAAUGCGUUUGGAUUGAAGUAACCCCGUGACCAAAACUUUACAGCUGACCUUAAUUUCUUGGGAAACUUAAGCUUGGAAUAGUCAGUACAUGUGUACAUAUGAUGAAACGGUUUCUGUCUACAGUUCCUUUCUAUUUUUCUGUUAAUGGUUUUAGUAUGUAGUUUUGCUGACACCAAGUCCCACGGUAUAAAUUUGAAAAAUCUGCAGAAUAAGAACUGUAAUUUAUUAUAUGACAAGUAUAUCUAUUUAGAAGAAUACUUUACAAAGCACCCCUAACCACAAGCAACACAUCGGGUCUUUCUCCUACAAUGCAAGCUAUAUACAUAAAAUGCCAUACACUACUCUAUUUGUAUCCCUUUAUAAUAAAGCAAAAGUUUAGGUUGCCUUUAAAACAAAAAGAGAAACAAUCUCAGUAUAACAUUUAAGACCUUAGCACUAGCAGAUAUUCAGUAGUCAUUUCAGCUGUGCUUAUCACUUGGAACAAACAAACAAAAAAAGACAGUCUUCAACACUUGAGCCAGCUCCACCUGCAGUCCCACCUGGGUUCUUAGGUAUGAUAAAAGGUUGAUAAACACUAUGUCCAGAUUUAAAUAAAAUUAGCUAAAUAUUUUAUAGCAGUAUAUUUGCCUCAUCCUAACUACAUGACUGUGAUUCUGAAAGGCCCCAGGAUUUCCAGUGUUUCAGGUUUUCUGUAUUAAUGUUUGUGAGGUUGCAUGUAAACUAAAAUGCAGAAAGGUGUGAAAACUUUGUUGAUCAUCAUCUUAGCUUUAAAUGAAACUUUACAAUAAACACACAUUCAAAAUAUUUGUCACAACAUUUAUAUACAUAUACAGUAUUUGUUCCUUUAGUUCUAAACUUUUUGUCAGGGGAUAAAACUGCAUUUUAGUAUAGUGGAUAUAUUUUCUCCCCAAAUUAGUACAUGAAAUUUUAAAAGUUGGCCUUAUUAAAGUAGCACUUGUUCCUUUAUGAUUUCAUUCACUUUGUCUUAACAAAAAACCCCCGUAAGAACAGAUGGAAAUGAGGACUUUGACUAAACAGUUAGGAACAGUUUUAAAUUAUUAAUUAAUAGCAUCUUUUUUUAGCUUAAAUAUAUUUUUUUCCUGUUGAGCAUUCCUUAAGAUAAUACUUUUUAUUAUUCUGCAGCACUGUGAAAUUUGACUGAUUUAUUUGAUAAAAACAUAAUUCUUAUUUAUUGUUAUUGAUUUAAUGGUGCUGCUAAUUGGAGCAAUAUAUUUUGUUUCCAUUCCAGCAUAGUGUAUACACUUGUCAGCAGUAAACUGUAGAGUACGUUGUGGAUUUUUAAGUACCUAAGUUAUACCUGAGGUUUAAGUGUAGCUUCACUCAGUAAAUUAUAUUCUCUCCAUCCUAUAUUUGCAUUUUGCUCAUAUUUGAAGUCCUUACACUUCCUGAUUUCCCACAGAAUGUCAUCAACACUUAGCUGAUAUUUUGUAGUCAUGGCAAAGUGGUGCAGUAAACUGAAAGUGAAACGUGAAUGUCCUUAAAUUUGGGGAAAAUGGCAGGUUAACCGAUUUGAAAGAGCUGAGGAUAUAUUUAGUUCAUAGAUCUUUCUUAUUUUUCAAAACCAAGUCAUUUUAUGAGGUUUCUUACAACUUUUACAACUUUUCCUGGAAAUAUCCACAAUGAACCAAGUAGUUGAGGACACAGACAUACCACUGGUGUGGCUAGGAUAAGAGGCCGAAUUCCCACAAAACAAGAACCAAGGUGAAAACAAUGCAUAAGAGGAGAUAGCAAUGUAGGAUGAAAGUCACGAAAGAAUAAUUUAAAACUGCUUCAAAUACAUCUUUUUAAAUGCUAAGGCACUAUGUCUGGGCGAAGCAAAGAGGAAGACAUUCCUUUAUGACCUCUCACUGCUGCUCCCAUGUACUGAGCAGGCAGUAUUACCAAAUAGCUGCUUGACUAUGAAAUUUCUGUCCUGUUUCUUUCCAAGUAAGUACACAGUGAGCAGGACUACCCCCUAACCUAUGAUUAAGAGAACCAGCUGCCUCAUUUAUAUGUAUGAAUAUAUUUUCUUUCUACAAGGUAUGUAGUUGCAGCUGGGCUUUCUCCUUCUAUCAAAAUGCAAGGAAGGGACCUGGUAAAUUCAAGCAGUUGAGAAUAAUGCAGUUGGUGUGGCUUGAACAUCUGCACCCCACAUCAUCUCAUGCAGUAUUUUUACCCAGAUGAGGAUGAAGGUAGUAAACAUCCUCUCCUCUUCUACCUACUACCACAAAGUUAGGUGGUGCCAUGCAUAUUGGCGUAAGUCAAGUUUUGCUAGGCAAAUGGUGCUUUUUCUGAUGCCAGCAUGAUCAUUUGCACAACAAGGUUCCCAUACAAUGUGGGCAGAGCUAACAGUGUCUAGGGCUCAACCGUAGAUGCAUUUCAAAUUUGAGUACUUCUUAUUGAGAUUUACACAAAAAAAUCCUCAUGGCCUAGCUAUAUAUUGAGGUUUUGGUUCAGUUUAGGUUUUUUUUCCUAAUAUGGCCUCUAAUUACAAUGUGAAGGGAUUAGAGGAUUUAAGAGGUCUUGUCAGCACAUGUAUUAUUAAUAUGCCUGUGAUACUCUUUACAAGUAAAAUAUACUGCAAAAUUAUUUCAAUACUGGAAGCAAAAGCAUUUCCCACUAUAUUGGAUUACAAACCAAAAGCUAUUUCCAGAAAUAUUUCUUUUCUUCCUGCUGUUAAGUCUCGUGCCGGUUGGGCUAUGUGAGAGCUGAGAAUUAAACAGUUCUAAAUUACUGAUGGACUGUUCCAAGCAUACUCUUUGGUCUGUGGAUUAAUAGGUUAUCUCUUGUGCUUUGACUUUAUGCUAUGCAGGAGAAAGCCAAACAAUAACUAUGAAAUAAUGCUCAAAACCACUAAUAUUUGCAAAUAUUUCCAAAUGAGGGACAGCACGUAGUAAUUUGUAAGAUAUGUGUAGAACUGGGAUAACAUAAUUUCUUUAUUUUCUUUUCCUAUUCUAGACUAAAAAGAAGAGAACAGGUAUCUGUAUAAAUGUCACUUUUACUGUCUAAAAGUAAUUUUAAGUGUUAGUAUGAAAUGUCAGAAGAGUUGACAGAAUAUAACUAUUUGUAAAAGUAAUCUGAAUUGUUACACUAACAUACUCCAGGGACAAGGGUGGGAGGGAGCCAUUGAAAUUAUUGACAAUAUGGAAUGUGGCAGUGACAAUCUCUCUUCAACAAAAAAUGAGUAGAAGUAAGUAAAAUGACUUAGAUCUUCUUGUUAUUAUUUUUUUAGUAGACAUGCAUUCUGAUUUACCACAAUAAUAACAAAAGUUUUAACUAAUGUUUGUUUUACAAUUUAGUAUACAAAUGUACUCUGGAGAGUUUUUUAUGGUUUUGUUUGUCUAUUUGUUUUUUCAACUUCUGAGAUUAUUUUUCUGUUUGCAGAAAUAUUUACUAUCCUGGUGAUGCUAAUGCCUAAUGUGAAAAAGAUUAAUUUAUUUAGGCCUCGAUCUUGCAAGAAAUUUUGUGUAGCUGAACCCACAUCUCAUAUGUCACCCUACUGCCAUCAGUGGGGUCAAUGUGAGCAGGAGGAUGGAUUUAAUUUCAUAGGAGAGCUUGCAGGACUGGGCCUACUUUCUAUCUCUUCAUAGAUAUAUACAACGUAGUUACACAGUGACAGUCAUCUACAAAGGCUGUUUGACAGCAGUCCAUGGUCUAGUAAAUUCCAUCUGCUGUCUUCAGCCUCUGCAUUAAUAUUCAUCAAAAAAGUGGCUUUCUUUUUAUGAUGGUAAUUACUUUGAUUAUUUAUUUAAGUGCCAAUCAUCAAACUGUAGUAUAAUAAUCAUGCCAUUUUUCUGUUUCCUAGACUGGAUAAUGGAAAUGUAUUUGUGCCUUUUGAUAGCAUGCCACUCUGCUUUAUUAAAGAAAAAUCUUCAAUAAUUUGUCUACAAAGCCUGUUUAAAAUAUUUGAAAGCUUUAUCAUGACAUACUUUUCUGCUCAAAUAUGCUCAAAUACCCAUCUAAAGUAAGCUGGAGAUAGUAUUAUUAAGUCACAUUUUAAACACAAAAUUUGCAAAAAUCUAUUGAGAUCACAAUUCUAGUGAGGGUCAUAGUGGGUGUACUACUGCUGAAAUGAUUCAAGUAGAUGGAGCACAUGGUGAGUGUGUAGGGGUGUUUUGACCAAUUUAUCAAGUUGAAGAGUCAGAUAGAAAGUCUCCUUAGUUCUAAUGAAGUAUUUAGACCUUAAACAUUAAAAUCUUCUCAUAAAUGUAAGAGAUGAUGUGGAGCAUCUUCCCACCAUUUUACCUCUGGAGUAAAACUGCAGUGAAUAUUAAUAGUCAUUUGUGGUCCCACCAUCUCUGUGUAAGCUAUCAUAGGAAGUAAUAUCUUUGUAGAGUAAGUGUUGUAUCUGUUGGGUGACAUUCACACCUGAUUAAAAGGCCUCCAAAAAGACCAUUUACUUAAAAAGCUCAAGAUUCCUAUUGCAAAUUGAUCAAGAGGGGUGCUGAGAUGCUGAGAGUGCUGCAAGAAGGGCCACAGUGGAAUCCAGGACUCACUGGGGUUUAAGACUGGCUUCAGUGGGGCCUGAAUUUCACCCGUCCAUCUCAGGGAGGCUCUGCAUGUCCUUGGCUGAUUGAGUCACUUUUGUGAAUCAGACUUUUAAGUGUAAGUGGAAUUUAAAUGUCCUGCCAGGCUCCUGCUUACAACUUUUGCAGAGGAGGUUUUUCUGUCAGGAGCUUGUACUGAUCAGGAAAUGUUGAUGAACAUAUCCGAUCACUGUUUUAUCCCAUACAUUCCUAUAUGCCCAGAAAUAAAAGACAUGAAACAUCUCUCCAAAUAAUGCAUUGUGAUUGCAAUACUUCUUUAGGCAAAGAUGAAAACAUUCUAAGUAAUAUUUUUUAUUAAAUCCCUUUGUUUAACUUCAGAUACUUGUUCUGAUCGAGGGAAAGCAACCAUGGUUAAAUAAAUCUUUUUUUUAAAAAAGGAUCUACCCCCUUUUUCAGAUUUUUGUCAUAUCAUUUCCUGGAGUACCCAAUCAACUUGACAGCAGUUCUGUAGUGGUGGGGGAAAACCACUCACUAAGUUUUAAGUGAUCUUCAAUAUUUGCACUGCACAUAUAAAUGUGUUAUUAUAUCAUUUUAUCUGAACCUGAGCCAGAAAGAAACCUUUCUAUAACAAAUUUGGCUUUGGAACAGGUUCUGAGAAAUCAGUUUACCAGUCUAUCUUUCCUCUUAACAGGCAUUGCAAGCCUCAUGAUGUUUGACUUUCAAACUUGAAUAUUGGCCAUUUUUAGCCCAGAGAAAUGAAAUAAAUAUUUAUUGCCAAAUUUGUAUUGGCAGCUUUUACAUCACAGGUGAGAUUGGGAGAGGGCAAAAUGACCAGAUGAGGUGCCGUCAGAAUUCAGGAAAGCCACUACCAGAGAGAACGGGUGCCAAAGAAUGAGCUGAGAGAGAGGGCUCAGAAAGUGGGAGCGUCUCUCGUUAGGAGUAACAAGGGAAACGGGGAGUUAACGAAACAAGUGAGGCUGCUGGAGGGCAUUGCCAAAAGGCAGCAUACUACCAGCUCUGAAAAGUGGAGGAGGGGGAACUUCAGCCCUGCUGUAUCCUUUAAUGUUGCUGUGUAAGUAGGCUACGUUUUUGAACCUAAAAUGCAGGGUUGGGAGAAGGGAAAACAAACCCUCAGUGUCUCUAUAGAUCAGUGACAAAUAUAUAAAGCAGUCAGACCCCGCAAGAAGAUAAUUUCGUUGCUCAUGGUGUAGAGUUCUCACUAAGAAUUUUGAACUACUUAGACAUUGUUUGUUUGUUUACUUUAAAAAAAAAAAAAAAGCUUUCCUGCUACAAUGAGCACUUGGUAUGUAUUUGUAUGCUGUGUACAGUAUAAGCUAAAGCAUACCAUAUAUUGUUUUUGUUAUUCCACAUGUUGUCAACAGCCCACUUGCGAUAUAUACCACCUGAAUUAUAUAUUGAUAAGUUAGCUACCACUGGAGCUAGUUUGUUUAUUGUUUCAAAAUCUUACGUCCCUAUGAAAUGCUGUGUAUAUAUAUAUCUCUCUAUACUGUAAAAAGAAGUAAUAUUGCAGAUGCUGGUUUUGUAUUUAUGAAAGACAUUGAAAGUAUGGCUUAAAGUAUAUCAAUUAUUUGUCACUCUUCACCAUUUGUAUAUUAAUAGUAAAGAUACUUUUACUUUAA